GAUAUGAAUUAUUUAAAAAUGAAAAAUACAAAGAAGCUUUUGAUUGUUUUGAAGAAUCAAUUUUGGAUGCAAGAUCCUGCUUUUAUCUUGGAAUUCUUUAUGAAAAAGGUUUAGGUGUUGAUAAGGAUUUGUGGAAGUCUAGAAUUUG